AUGAACACAUACGUGUUUGAUUCCUGGUCAUUAUGACAUAUCUUCCUCUGUUCUCACUGGACCAUCAGGUCGGGAUGUUCCAGGUUUUAAGAUGGAGCAACUGUUGCUCUACCACAUGGCCACGCCUCUUGUGGAUUUUGUGGGUGUGGCUAAACCCAUGUUCAUCAAUUCACCAGCACUCACACCCACAUUCCAUCAAACUCCUGGGGGACAUCACUUUGGGGGGCCUUUUCCCAGUCCAUUCCAGGGGUCCCGCAGGGGUCCCGUGUGGAGAAAUAAAAAAGGAGAAAGGAAUCCACCGGAUGGAGGCCAUGCUGUAUGCACUGGACCAGAUCAACAGUGACCCAGAACUUCUGCCCAACAUUACGCUAGGGGCUCGGAUCCUCGAUACGUGUUCCAGGGACACUUACGCUCUCGAGCAGUCUCUCACAUUUGUCCAGGCCCUCAUUCAGAAGGACACAUCUGAUAUACGCUGCUCCAACGGCGAACAACCGAUCAUACGCAAGCCUGAGCGCGUGGUGGGUGUGAUAGGGGCGUCAGGGAGCUCAGUGUCCAUCAUGGUGGCCAAUGUCCUGCGAUUGUUUGAGAUCCCUCAGAUCAGCUACGCCUCCACAGCACCAGAGCUGAGCGACAAUAACCGCUACGACUUCUUCUCUCGAGUGGUACCACCAGACUCAUAUCAGGCCCAAGCUAUGGUGGACAUCGUGAAGGCGCUGGGCUGGAACUAUGUGUCCACAUUAGCGUCAGAGGGGAAUUAUGGUGAAAGCGGAGUAGAUGCCUUCGUUCAGAUCUCUCGAGAGGCAGGAGGUCUGUGCAUCGCUCAGUCCUUGAAGAUCCCACGAGAGCCCAAACCAGGAGAGUUUGACAAGAUCAUUAAGAGACUAAUGGAGACCCCCAACGCUCGAGGAGUCAUCAUCUUCGCCCAAGAGGACGACAUCAAGCAGGUCCUGGAGGCUGCAAGGAAGUCCAAUUUGACGGGUCAUUUUAAGUUUGUGGGAUCGGACAGCUGGGGUGCCAAGAGCUCUCCGAUCCUGGACCAGGAGGAAGUGGCUGAGGGUGCCGUCACCAUUCUGCCCAAAAGAGCUUCUAUUGAAGGCUUUGACCAGUACUUCACCACUCGAUCCCUGGAGAACAACCGCAGGAACAUCUGGUUUGCUGAAUUCUGGGAGGAUGACUUCAAGUGCAAACUGACACGUCCGGGUAUCAAGAUAGACCCAGAAAAGAAAAAAUGCACAGGAGGAGAACGGAUCAGUCGAGAUUCUCAUUACGAGCAAGAGGGCAAGGUUCAGUUCGUAAUUGAUGCGGUUUACGCUAUGGCUCAUGCUUUGCACAACAUGCACCAGGAUUUGUGCCCGGGAGCCACGGGCAUUUGUGAUAAGAUGGACCCAGUGGAGGGACGUUUGCUGCUUAGCUACAUCCACUCUGUCAACUUCAAUGGUAGCGCUGGUACUGCCGUUCUGUUUAAUGAGAACGGAGAUGCUCCUGGACGCUAUGACAUCUUUCAGUACCAGAUGACCAACACCACCAAUCCAGGAUACAGAGUCAUCGGCCAGUGGACCAAUAACCUGCGACUCAAUGUGGAAGAGAUGCAGUGGACUGGUGGAUCCCGUCAGAUGCCGGACUCGGUUUGCAGUUUUCCGUGCCGCUCGGGCGAGAGGAAGAAGAUGGUGAAGGGUGUCCCGUGCUGCUGGCACUGUGAGCUCUGUGACGGCUAUCAGUUCCAAGCUGACGAGUUCAACUGCGAGAUGUGUCCUUUCGACAUGCGGCCGACUCUCAACCGCACGGCCUGCCGUCCAACUCCCAUCAUCAAGCUGGAGUGGUAUUCACCCUGGGCCUUGAUCCCUCUGUUCCUGGCCAUUCUUGGCAUCCUGGCCACACUGUCCGUCAUCAUCACCUUCAUCCGCUUCAACGAUACCCCCAUCGUGAGGGCUGCGGGCCGUGAGCUCAGUUACGUGCUCCUGACGGGAAUCUUCCUCAUCUACCUCAUCACCUUCCUGAUGAUCGCUGAGCCGGGGACGGUGGUGUGCGCUUUCCGCAGGCUGCUGCUGGGGCUUGGAAUGUGCAUUACAUACUCUGCCAUGCUUACAAAGACCAACCGGAUCUAUCGCAUCUUCGAGCAGGGCAAGAAGUCUGUCACACCGCCAAAAUUCAUCAGCCCCACAUCGCAACUUAUGAUAACAUUCAUACUGAUCUCAGUACAGGUUGUAGGAGUUUUCAUCUGGUUUGGUGUGAUGCCACCACACACCAUUGUGGACUAUGACGAGCAGCGGCCACCCAAUCCAGAGUUGGCACGUGGCAUCCUGAAGUGUGACAUGUCUGAUUUGUCUCUCAUCUGUUGCCUGAGCUACAGUAUCGUGCUGAUGGUCACGUGCACUGUGUAUGCAGUCAAGAGCCGAGGUGUGCCUGAGACCUUCAAUGAAGCUAAACCCAUCGGCUUCACCAUGUACACCACCUGCAUCGUCUGGCUGGCAUUUGUGCCUAUUUUCUUUGGCACAGCACAGUCCACUGAGAAGAUGUUCAUCCAGACGACGACGCUGACCGUCUCCAUGAGUCUGAGUGCCUCUGUGUCUCUGGGGAUGCUCUACAUACCAAAAGUCUACGUCAUCAUCUUGCACCCGGAGCAGAACGUGCAGAAGCGCAAGCGCAGCUUUAAGGCUGUUGUCCAAGCCGCCACCAUGUCCUCACGCCUCUCGCAGAAAUCCAUCAAUGACAAGCAGAACGGAGGGACCAAGAUCGAGCCAGACAGGACGCAAUAGCAGGUGCCCCUUGGAACAUCUGUGUGGAUCUCAAAUCACUGAGGAACAGUAUCAAAGGGAGAGUUUUGCUGUGUUGUAUUUUGAGAUGCCAGGUGAGGACGUUAAUAAAGCCGAUGUUACUG